AUGAGACAUUUUAUUGAUUAUGAUGAUCCUGAUAAUGGUAGAUUUAGUUUUAAUGCAAUUAUUUCUGAUGCUGAUUUAAGAAUAACAUAUUUGCCUGUAUGGAAAAAACUUAUUUAUGAAAAAGCAAUUGUUGGUAUAAUGAGUGCAAUAAGUGCCGUAAAUGGUAUAUCAUCAGCAGCAAAUAAAUAUUUAUUAAAUGAUGUAUUACGUAAUGAAUGGAAUUUUACUGGCUAUGUUAUAAGCGAUUGUGAUCCUGUAGCUGAUAUACAGAAAUCAUUUCAUUAUACAGCAACAUUAGAACAAGCUGUUGCUAUAUCUGUAUCAUCUGGUAAUGAUAUUAAUUGUGAUACAGAAUUUAAAUUAUUGCAUCAGGCACUUACACAUAGUUUUGUUAAUUUUGAUACAAUUAAUUUAGCUAUACGUCGAGGUUUACGUUCAAGAUUUUUAAGUGAUAAUUUUGAUCCAAUUGGUACAGAUCCAUAUUCUUCAAUACCUUAUUCAAUUGUUGAUAGUUUAGAACAUAAAUUAUUAACAAAACAAAUUGUUACUAUUGGUCCAUCAUCAGAUGAUAUAAGUGUUCAAGCACAUACAUAUCAUGAUACACCAAGUAAAUUGAUAACAACAUUAGAUGGUAUACAAUCUAUUGCAUUAAAAUAUAAUGUAAAUGUUGUUCAUACAUGGGAUGCAUCUCGAAGAAAUAAUAGUGAUGAAGAUUUUGCACAUGCUAUAGAAUUAUCUGGUGAAAGUAAUAUAAUUUUAUUUGUUGAUGGUUUAGAUGAAAGUUUUGAAGAAGAAGAUACUGAUCGUAAUACAUUACAAUUACCUGGUGGACAAUUAGAAUUAAUUAAAUUGCUAAUGAAAUUAAAUAAAACAUUUGCAAUAUUAAUUAUAUCUGGUUCAUCUAUAUCAGAACCAUUGAUUGUUAAUGAAAAUCUAGCAGCAUUAUUAUGGAUAUCAUAUUUUGGACAUGAUUGUUUACCAUUUACACUACCAAUAAAUACAAGUCAACUGUUACCCAUAGAUGAUUAUUCAAUGAAUAAAUCACCAGGUAGAACAUAUCGUUAUUUAGAUUAUAAUAAAGCACCACCAUUAUUUCCAUUUGAUUAUGGUUUAUCGUAUUCAAAAUUUACAUUUAAUUCAAAACUAAUCAUUUUUCCUAAUCCAAUAAAUAAUCUUGAUACUGAUAUUACAACAAAUAUAAGUAUCAUAAAUGAAGAUCCAUACCGUGCACAAUUUGUCGUACAAUUAUAUUAUGAAUUUCCAAAUUCAACAGUAAUUAAAUUAUCGAUACGAGAAUUAUUACAAUUUACCAAAAUAAUAUUUGAAAAAAAAGAAUGA